GGUGAGUGGAGUUCGCGGCCAAACACCGCCGUCGACGCGCACUGCACGCUAAGUGCAAGCGAAAGCUCGAUCACGGUUUAAUACCCCGACCUCAAGUGUGCCGCACGAGACGUCCUUUUACAACCGAACUUCAGGAUUUUCAUCUAUUACGCAAAUUGUAUUUAAUAGGCGUGUCUCGCUGCAAACGCGCGCCAAAACGGAUUAUAUUUUGCCGAAUAAAAGAUUGAUUGAAAAGGAAACUUAAACUUAUAAUAAUAACAACAGAAACAACAACGACGACAAAAGCAGUGACAAAGGGAACGAAAAGUGUAAAACAUUUGUGAACGAUACCAAAAUUUUCUAACAAAAGAAAGCGAGGAAAAAAAAACGUGCCAGUGAUUUGUCGUUAUUUUCAAAAUAUACGUUACAUAUACGUAUAUGCAACAGUGUACAAAGAAUCUAAAAGAGAAAGAAAAAUUUCAUUUGCAAUAAAUAAACGAAGAUGCAGAUUCUGCGAGAAAAUUGUGUCGUAAUAAUAACAAUUGUACCGAGGAGAUAAUAAUCGAAUUGAAUUUACAUCGUGGAUAAGGAAGAAAAAAAAGGAAUAAAAAAGGGUGUUGAAAAGCGGGAAAGAAAUACGCGAAUUGUUCAAAGUGGCUGCGAAAAAAGAAGAAUUCAAGAUGAUGAAAAAGGAGAAACCUAUGAUGUCCGUAACGGCCAUCAUUCAGGGAACCCAGGCGCAGCACUGGGCCCGCGGAAACACUUGGCUGAGUUUGGAUAACAGCAACCUGUCAAUGUCCUCCGCAGGGCCGCAGAGUCCUCUGGAAAUGAAGCCAGACGCUUCCAGCCUCUUGAAUCCUGGCAGCUUUAGUCCCUCAGGACCCAGCAGUCCAGGGUCAUUCAGCAUCGGAGGGCACAGCAGUUUGCUCAGCACGUCUCCCGGAGGUCAGAGCAAGUCAGGAGGUGCCGGAUCACCGUAUCCGCCCAAUCAUCCUCUCUCAGGAAGCAAACACCUCUGUUCUAUAUGCGGGGAUCGCGCAAGUGGAAAACACUACGGAGUUUACAGCUGCGAGGGAUGCAAGGGUUUCUUCAAACGCACCGUACGCAAAGACUUGUCGUACGCAUGCCGGGAAGAGAGGACGUGCAUAAUAGACAAAAGGCAGAGGAAUCGCUGCCAGUAUUGUCGGUAUCAAAAAUGUUUGGUAAUGGGCAUGAAACGUGAGGCGGUACAGGAGGAGAGACAACGUACCAAGGAAAGAGAUCAAAGCGAAGUUGAAAGCACUAGCAGUUUGCACUCUGAUAUGCCGAUAGAGCGCAUACUGGAGGCGGAGAAAAGAGUGGAAUGUAAAACCGAGCACCAAGGAAAUUACGAGAACGCCGUAACUAAUAUUUGCAACGCGACGAACAAACAGUUGUUUCAGUUAGUUGAGUGGGCUAAGCAUAUUCCUCAGUUUACCUCGCUACCGCUUGAGGAUCAAGUACUUCUUCUCAGAGCUGGAUGGAACGAGCUACUGAUAGCAGCUUUUUCUCACCGGUCUAUCGAAGUCAAGGAUGGGAUUGUUCUUGCAACAGGAUUAACUGUUCACGGUGAUUCCGCCCGUCAAGCAGGAGUUGGUACAAUAUUUGAACGAGUGCUUACAGAGCUAGUUGCUAAAAUGCGGGAAAUGAAAGUGGACAAAACAGAGCUUGGCUGUUUGCGAUCGAUCAUUCUUUACAAUCCGGAUGCUCGUGGUUUGAAAUCCAGGCAAGAGGUCGAGCUACUCAGGGAAAAGGUUUAUGCAUCGUUGGAGGAAUACACCCGCACAUCUAGGCCUGACGAACCUGGUCGGUUCGCAAAGCUCCUUUUAAGACUACCUUCGCUACGUUCUAUCAGCUUAAAAUGCCUCGAGCAUCUGUUUUUUUUUAGAUUAAUAGGAGACGUGCCGAUCGAUACUUUUCUCAUGGAAAUGUUAGAGUCUCCAUCAGAUCCUUAGGAGCAGGAGGUGUGUCGCAUUUUAGGGCACGCCGACAUGUGACUUCUGACGUAUUCUUUUUUCAAUCCCAUUUCAGAAGCGAAGUAUUCGCAUUACCACCUAUUAUGUUUGUUUUUUUUUUUUCUUCUUUUUUAUUUUGAUUUUUUAUUUAUAAUUAUUUUCAUUCCCAUAUCCAGUUUUAUCGUUAAUACUUUCAAAUUCGGGGGCUUAUGCGUCAAAUGCGUCAGGGUAAAAUAAUAAAGUGUAAGUUGUAAACCGUAGGUGAAAAAAAGUCAAGGCACGCGUUGUUCUUUGUAAAUUGGCGCAUAAUUUUUUUCUAAUUUAUAAUUGCGUGUAAUAAUAAUAAUACUAAUAAUAAUUAUAAUCAUAUAUCUGUGUACUCGAUAAAUGUGUAUGAUAUAAAUAAUUGGGUAGUUGAGACAUAGCGUAGGUAGAAAAUUCGGUGAUGACAAAAUUGAGAUAAACGUGAUACAAAUACGGUGCUAUUCUAUUCUGAAAUUUAGCAGUUAAGUAUUCAAUGUCAAAAAUUCUUAGCUAUUGCAAUUGAUGUAUUUCUAAUGGGCUGUAUUGAGAUAUAACUUCAACUCGAUCUUUAAUGAACGCUUUAUUUAGAAAGGUACGCAGAUUAUUAAUUAAUAAUUUUUUCCCCUAAACUCGCAUCGUUUCCAUUGUCUGUCGAAAUUUCAAUGGUACGAUAUGUGCACAGGUCAGACGGAACACUGAAAUAUUUGAACACAGUGUAAGAUUUUCUGAAUAUCAGCUAUCUGACUGCAAUGAGACUUAGUUACGUAGAAAAGGAUAUCGGUCAACUAAAAUUUUCGGAAAAAAUGAAUUCAGAGACUUACAUGUGAGGUGGUCAUAAUCGCGAAAAUAUCACGAUACUAUGUCGUCAUUGAUAUAUUUAUUCUGAAACAUAUCUCAAGAGUAAGUGUCUCUGGCAAUUAUUUAUUGAAAUUCUUCAACUACGGCUUACAAUUUACACAUUCGUUAGUCAGGACACCCGGCAAAACUUAAUUGUAACAACAGAAAAGAUGAAAUUUUGUUAUUUUUACUAAUAAUAUGUCAACAUAAUGGAUUGUAUUUUUGUUGAACUAUGGUUGAAUGAACGUAGGCUCCUACAUUAUAGGUAUGCCUGUAGACAUAUGUUAUGAAAUAAUGUUCCUAAGAUAGUUGUUAUUUUCACAAUUUUUAAUUAAUCUUUAAUUACUAUAUUAUUUCUGCUUUUGUUCGUCUACGAUCGAAAGGUAGCGUCAAUAAUGAUUUUUAUACAUAAUCAUUGUUUUGGUAAAUAAAAAUACAAUCCAAUAAUAAUAUUAACCCAAAAAAUCUUGGGUUCAACAAAAUAUGCAGAUAUUUGAUCACAGUAAUUUAUUAUUCUUCUUCUUCUUCUUAUUAUUAUUAUUUGUAUAUUAGAACAAGCUAAAAGAAUUUGAUAAUUCAUUCAUUUAACUGUUUCUUUUUUCGAUUAUGUUUUAUGCAUCAUAUGCAUGUAUGUCACAUUACAUUGUAUUGUGUUAUAAUAUAAGAUAUUUUAAGGUUCGAUUAUACUGUAUACACAAUAUAGAUAAAUAGAUAGAGAAAGAAGAUCUGUAGCAUAAUUCUCGGAAAAUUGAAUGAAAUCUUCAAAAUAAUAAAUUCGAACAUCAGUUCAGUUGACGGUAAAAAAUUCACAAUCGCAAUUGUUGUAUUUUUUAUCCAUUAGGGUUUUUUCAAAACUGAUGACGGAGUUACAGUCUGUCAGUUAUUAAAAAUAUUUAAAUAACGUAAAAAUGUUAUUUCCGAGUCUAUAGGAAUGUCUGACUAGUUAUCAAAAAGACGGGUCGUUGCGGAGAUAUUUUCUUCACAACGACUUAUUACGUGUGAUCUAAAUUUUUACAACUACCACGCAUAAUAUGGAAACUCUACAACGUUAAAGCUAAAUAUAUUAUACUUAUAUACAUAUGUAUAUAGUUUCAUUAAUGAUACCGUGGAUAAAAUUGAAUUUGUUAGGUACUCGGUGAAUCACCGAUUCAGUUUACUGGUUGACAAGUUGUGCUUUGAAUCUGAUCUAAAGAUAAUGCAUUGAAUUGAUAUUUUCCUGUUGUAGAUCAUUUGAAAUCAGAAUCAAGCAUAGAUAAAUUUCGAUUACGAUUAUUCGUGUUAAAUUAAUCGAUAGAAGAGAAUGCUGAUAAUCAAAGUAAAUGAGGUGAAAAUCGGGCAAUUUACAUUUUUGUUAUAUUUUUCAAAUAAUGGAGGCAUCAAUAUUCUUGCCGGAUUCAAGACCCUCAACUAUUUAAAUAUUAUUCUUUGUAGGAAAAUAAAUGCGAAAAAUUGAACACAACUAUGAUCAAAAAUGUUGCGUCAUCUUACUGCGAAGCCAAAUAAUCAACAUGUUCACAUAGCAGCGAAUUAAUUCCUCAUGUGUCUUUAAAAGGAUUCUUUGCUAUCGUAUGGUCGAUAAUUUCGCAUCUUCUAGUAUUAAUUAUUUUAUCAAUCAUAGGUGGAUGAUCAUACCUAUUACGAUAUGAAUAGAUUCUUAAAUUAUAGAAAUUACUAUUAUUGUAUUAUUAAAAAUAUUUCUAUUUGCGUGUGAUUGCCUACGAUUGUUAGAGCUGUUGGUUAUUGUUAUGGGCUUGAAGAGGAAGAAGUAGAGAAAUUGAAGAGAGUAUUUACUGUUGUCCUCGCAUGAUGAUUAUUAUCAAAUUGGAAACUUUUAUUUCCUAAUUUUAAUUUUUUUUUUUUUUUUUUUUUUACUGCAUUAGAGUUGAAAUUAUUCCAAGCAACUGCAAGUUUAUAAUACAUUUUAUUCAGCUUAUCGGAAAGUACGAAAUUUAAAAUGGGGAUUCAGAAACGAAUUUGAAAAGUGGAUAAAAUGUUAUGAUAAAAUGUAUUACUUAUUAGCGAACUUGUUUGUUGACGUUAAUGAAUUAUAGGCCAAAUAACACCGGAACUAAAAAGCAUAAAAAAGUAUGGAAUGCCUAGAUAUUCUUGAUGUAUUUUGUCAAUUUUGCAGGAAGUUAGUGUGAUGACUUUUCAUAACGUUAGGUUUUGUAUACUAUGCUAUUGUGUAAAAAUGUGAACAAUUCCCCUAAUUACAUAUGCGUAAAUAUAUGAAGAAAAUUAUUUAUAAUCUGUAUAAAUAAGUUAUUAUUAUUCCGUAAAUAGUACGUUUGUUUCACAAUUCGAUAGAAAUGUAACCGUUGGUAUGAAAUUGUUUCGAACAUUUAACAGAAUUGUGGGGUGCGAGUGUUGUUACCUGUGCAUAGAUUUUCAAUAUAAAUAAAUAAUAAAUAUAUAAAUGUUACUAUAAAACAAAAAUAUCUAUAUUUCUAAAUUGUAACUCAUCUUUUAAUGAACACAUACAAUACGAAAACCUCAGUAGCCGGUCAGUAGAUUAGAUUUUAUUAAGCUACAAAUAUUUAAUAUUACAAGUAAUAUUCAAUUGUGCAUUAUAUUGCGCGAUAUAUACGAUGUUAUAAUUGUAAUAAGGAAAUAUAACAUUACAUUUAAAAAAUAACUAAUCAAUCCCUGAUAUAAAUGAUACAAAAGCUGAUGAUAAUAUUAUACAUAAUUUUUGGUUACAAAUGUCAACGUAAAAUGAAAUAUUAUUAGACUUUAGACUAUGAACGAUCAGUUAUUGUUCAACACCGUCGUCUUUGGUCUAUUACUAGUAUACGCUUUUUGCCAUAUGUCGUUUCAUAAUAUAAUUUAGAUAAAUGGAAUAAUACGAUGCUCAAAUUGUAUUUAACGUUUUCUCAGCUUAGCGCGCAUUAUGUCUUAAAAAUAAAACACAAGUAGGAGUAUUGCAAUAUUUCACCAGAUAAUAUACGCUUCGAAAGAUAAAGUUUUCGUUGAAAAGAUGAAAAGUCAAAGGUUUGUUCUAUUUUAAAAAAUGUAUUACAAGUAGAACCUUGCUAAUCCGAGGUAUUGCCGGCUCACCUUAGCUUGGGUAAUCAAAAAACUCGAACAACACCGACUAGAGAAAUAACAAUACAUGCGUGAGUGAUCAGAAAUAUUAAUUAUAUUUUUCUUCAUGAGCAAUCAUUCUUGAGCUGUUAUGAGCUCAUGUGUCAUUAACCAGGGUUCGUACGCACAGGGAAAACCUGGAAAACCGAGAAAACUCAGGGAGUUUCUUGCAGCAGGGAAAAGCCAGGGAAUUUCGAAAAUAAGACUAGAAUUUUAAGUUUCUUGAAGAAAUAAACUCGUUCUUAUACGUACAUUACUUGAUAUCUAACCUCCUCUCGUUUUUUUCUUACUGAAAAUCGCUGGCUGUUGUUUGUAAAUUAGUAGUCGGACACUGAAUUAAUUAUAAGAUAAUAUUGAAGGUAUUAGUAUUAAUAUGCAAAAAAAUUGUCAUUAAUCAGCGGCAUAUUUCUUGGAAGGUUACUGAAAAAAAUCAUAUUUUCAGGCUGGAACACCUGGAAAAGUCAGGGAAUUUCGAGUUCCAAAAAGCGCACGAACCCUGUUAACUCAACUACGUUAAAAAAGGAUAGAAAUACAAAUACAAUUACAUUUUCAGGGAAAGCAGAUCACAAAAGCAAAGAUUAACCACAAUGGAUGUAUUUACUAGGAGUUAACAAAAAGUAGAUAUUUUUAUCUAUCGCAGAGAAGACGAUCUUCAACAAUUGCGAACAUGGAUGAAGCAGGCUCAGAUGAGCAAGGUCUAGAUUCUGUUUCAACAUUAUUGUUCCAAUGGUCAGUUAAUUCUUGUCAUUCACUUAUUGAUCGAACAGUGUUAAAUUAUUAUAAGUCAUUAGGAUCUUAAUUAUGGCAGAAAAAUUGCAAGACAAUUACUUUCAGAGACAAAACUAGACCAGUACAAAAACUUCUAUCAAUGAAAAUUCCUCUUGCAGUUUGAGCAAGAUUUAUCAUGACCGCUUAUUAAAAAGUAGUGAUUCUCCUACUAACUUACUGUACCUUCAUGAGAGCUAAGCUAGUAAAUUAUAUAAGUGCCAGAGUACUAACUUUCCUCAAUCUAAAUGUCGUAUAAAACAAUACUUACACAUUACUGUUACUGAUGUAUGUAUAUAAUAUAUACCAUGCACUAUAUCUUUAAAAUAGUCUAAUAUAUUAUUAGGAUCGUCUGUAACACAUUAUGCAUACACAGUUGUAUAAAUUGAACUUACACGUUUUGUAAUGUUGGCUCAAAAAUUUUGACAGGGAUUUUUCUCGACCGCGUGAAAAGUAUGAAGGACGCUUUUUUGGUGUCUACGGUCAAAUGAAUGAAAGAAUUAUGAAUUGACAUUUGGCCCUAUCGAGGAAAGGGGAUUUUUUCCUUAAUCAACCUCUGAUCAUGAUAGAUUCUAACAUGAUGAAUUUACAACCUGUUAUUUCCACAGAUAAUGACUCGGCUUUCAUCUUGACUUGCGAUGUCUCCGAAUCACUUUUCUGUGUUUGUGUAUUAUACCUUUCCACGCUGGAGUCAGCGGUCCACGGAUGUAUGUAUAAUUUUUCGGCACUGAUACCGUUUUCUAUGUAUUUGAGUAUAAAUCACGUGAUUGCUACAUUUCCUCUCUUUUUCUUUUUUCUUUGUCAGUUUUAUAAUUCAUUACUACACUCGUAUAAUACCGUGACAUAGUUCUCUUACAACAUUGUUCUUAUAAAUAAAAUGUUUUAGUUUUGAGGGGUGCCUCUCCCCCUCCCCGAUUAAGAACGAAGCGUCAAUCCAUAAUUCUUUGAUUCAUUUGGCAUCGACACCCAAAAAACGUUCUUCUUGGCUCAAGAACGCGCAUGUAGCUUAAUAAUUGAAAAUUAAAUUUAUUGAUUACAACCGUGUGCGGCCAAUCUUCUCUUAGACAUCUUCUUCAUUAACAAUAAGUUUUGUAGAAUGAAACAGGUUGGUUGGCUCUACAGAAUGAACAUUCCAGUUUUUCACUGGAGCCAAUUGCACUACGCAAUUUAUAUGAUCCCCAAAGUUACAGCGGUCGAUUCCACUAGAAUUUACCUUACAAAUAGCUGAAUAUUUUAUCUCUUUGAUACGAUGCUAUUUUUUAAAGUUUUAAUUCUGUAAAAACGAUGAAGUGAUAAUCAUCUAAAGAAAUUGAUUACCUCGAAAUUCAAUUUCAACACGGAUUAAUAUUUACUGAUUUCUUUUGCGACAGAUCAAAAUCAGCUGUCUAGACUUGAUCCUCUUUCUCACCUAGCGAUUUUAUUUUUAUUUUCUAUUAGACGUGUAAGAAUUCUCAUCUGUAGUAUAUAAAAAUUAGUUAUAACUUUAUGCGAUAUUCUAUGCAUAAUUGGCAAAAAAAAUUGUUUUAGGAUAGGUAAAUUCACUUACGUAUACAUAUGAUUAUAAUAGACACAUAGAUGUGACAUUAUGUGUGUUAUACUAUACAUAAUAUAUUUAUAUGAUGUAUAGUAAUAUAUAUAUAUAUACAUAUAUGUAUAAACAUAUACCUAGAUAUAAACGCUUUUGUAAACGUCAAAAUAUUUUCAGUAAUAGGAAAGAAGCACAUGUGUCAGGUUUUAGAAUGUCAUUUAAUCAUUAUCAGAGUAAUCACUGUUUUGUAAAGAGGAAGAGUAAUAUAUUAUUGAUGAAAGACUAGAGAAAGAUAUGGAGAAGACCAGUUAACACAGAAUAAUUGUACAUAUUAUUAUAUAGUAAACUAAAUUAAUAUUUUCAUGUGUACUUUAUAAAAAAUAUGAUGAUGGUGAUUUGUAACAAUUCUCAGUCGAAUUUGUGACGGUAACGCGAAGAUAUAGUACGACUGUCUAUUCCAAUUUUGUCUAAAUAUAAUAUUUUUACGAAACUUUCAGUUUUAUUAAAUCAAUAUCUAUGUGUAUAUCUGAAAAAUUAAAUACAUACCUCAUCUACCUCUAAUUUUUAUUAUUUUUUUUUUUUACGUCAUACCAUGACGAUGGAAAAGUAUUGUCACUUCGAGCAAAAUAUUGCUGGCUUGUUUUAAUCAUUACCGCUUAUGGUGUAAUUUAUAAUCCAUGAAAUAAAAACAUCUUCUAAUUUUAAUUUUUGCUAAUGGAAAAAAAUAUAUACAUACAAGUUGAAAUUGAUGUUGAGGUAUUUAAAGGAACAAAAGACCAGAUUAUGAAAACGUCAAUAGUUUAUUUCGUCAGGCAUAGGUGUAUCGAAUUUAUUUCAGAAACAAAAAUAAUUAAUAUUGAUGUAACAGCUGUAAAUAAUUCACAAUGCAUUAUUGAUCGAAGUGUUGUGCUACCGUCUUCUUUCCCCAUCUUCCAUUCCGUAAUAAAUACAAGUGUAUAAAUUAAAUCUGUUAAGAGAAGUGGUAAUCAAAAAAUAAAUAGACUAACAAUCAUGUUUAGUCUCACAAGUUGGAGGUCAUGUCUUUAAAGUAAGAGCUGAAUGCGACAAGUGAUAAAUAUUUAUCUGAGUAAUCUGAGUAUGUACAGUUUAGAAAGACAAUCAAAUAGUGUUUAAUAUUGUUUAGGUUUCUUUUUGAUAAAUAAAACUGCAAUUGAUACAGGAAAUUGGAAGGGUUAUUUGUAACUUAAUUUCACAGCGGCGUCGCCAUGUGGGCAGUCUUAGCUUCAGCUUAUCUGUAACACGUAAAAAUAGAAGAUAUGUAGAAUUAAACUAAAAAUAUUUGAACCAGUUCAGAAACGAGAGUGCAACCACAUCGUUGACAAAUUCUGUUUGAUUUACGUAGACGCUACAAUAACUAAAAAUAUUGUAACGGGAAUUCAGUCACCAAUUUUAUAUAACAUGUUUGUGCAUCGGUUAACAGAUAACAUAUGUUGACCGAGAAUUUCCAUGUAUAAGACCAGCUGUUGCAUAUAGCUGAUCAAAUUUUUAUGAAAUAUGGUAUAAACUUACAAAAUUUUUUUCCACAAUUUGUUUCAUAUCUAAGAAUUAUUUAGAAUUUCUCUUCAUCUAGGCCGUGCUUAAAGAACAUCAGUACCGGCACUGAGUCACCGUCGAUAUCACGGUAUUCCAUUAGACCAACAAUUCCAUCAAUAUCCAUUGA